AUGGACGUAAAACUAGAAACGAGAUCAAAAACUCGAGAAAGAAAACGGUUUGCAUUGCGUGGACUAGAAGACACAACAGAAGAAUGCAGAGUAAUAGAAAAUUAUACCGAUGUGAAGACAGAUAACAACGAAAAAGAAAAAUAUAGUCCUUUAAAUCAUAGUAGCGAAAAGAAAUUUUUUUCAUCAAAAUCUAGCAGUUCUAGAAAUAUUGAGGAUCAAAAGGUCAAAAAGAAAACAAAAGAAGAAGUUGAUGAAACUCUGGCUGACGUGUCAAUCAGUGUCAGCAAACCAAAAGAUAUGACACCAAACCCUUUAUUUAUUCACAACUUUCCUGAAAAAGUACCCCUAACUGUGAAUAGUGUUGAUCCAAUACUUUUUAACGCUCUUAGACACGCUUUAAAAUGUCCUGCUUCUAGCUCAGAUCAAUGUGGAGUAAACAAGUGUACAGUAGCAAAAAAUUUUCUAUUUAGAGGACUGAUACAUGCUGAUAUCUGCGAAAUUAAAUGCGACUUCUUGUUGUGCAAAAAUAUGAAAUCUAUUUUACAGCAUGUGCGAUUUUGUAAAAAUAACAAUUAUAUAUGCAAAACAAAGCAGUUUGUUCUUAAGCUAUGUGAGUUUCAUCAAAACACUUGUGUUAAUCAACCUUGCGAUAUUGAACUAUGUAAGGAUAUUGGCGUCUCUCCUGUAGAAUCGUUUACUCAAAGCAGUUCUUCAUACGGAGGACUACCAACAUGUGUACCUGUAAACAAUUCUCAAUGGUCUAACUGUGCUUUGCCAACAUUUUCAAAUCCUCAGUUUUCUCAUGUGAUGGGAAACCUUCCACUCUACCCAACUGAAUAUACUUUAAAUAUGCAAAGUAAUGAUUCAAAUAUGAUUUAUCCGGGCAUGUCAACUAAUCAAAUGAGUUACAACCUUUGGUCGCACAGAGAAUCAGAAUAUAGAAAUGAUAUGUCUCGUUUAAAUCUUAAUGUAGCUCAUGAUGCUUUUAUGUUAAGGGAAGACGUUUAUGCUAAUAGUAAUAUCAACGAUAAUAGUUCACGUAACGUCGAGGAAUCUAAUUAUACCAUGGCUGCAAACUUUGCGGAUAUGCAAGAGAUUUAUUUUGGACAGUCCAAUAAACGAGUUUUUAGUGAACAGCCAAGAUUGGAAAUGUCAGAAUGGGCUAAAAUAAAUUUUAUGAAGAAAGAAGAAACGCAAAAAGAGUUGGUUGUAACAUCAGGGAUUGCUGAUCAAGAAGAAAAUAAGAAACAGUUCAACAUUGUUCGUCCAACAUCAAUUCCCCCAAUAGAGAUAUAUAAAAACUGGUUACAGACCCCACGACCGUUUCUUUGAAACCAUGUAAAGCACGCUCGUUGAAUGGUAUAUUCA